CAGCAAAAAUGCAAAAAAGUCUCUCUCUCUCUCUCUAAACCCUUCUCUCUCUAAGAAGCUCACCGAAAAAACUCAGCGAUAUCUUUCGAGAAAUGCAACCAAAAACCCUAAUGAAAAACCUGAAGAGACCGGGAAGAGGACUCUCCGAUCUCAAUUGGAGUCUCGCUUAAGGCAAUGAUCUGUGCAUUUUUGCGAACAGAGGAGCGUAUCGGUGGAGUACUGGGGGAAUUUAGUGGUGUUGGUUGAAUUUAUUAGUUUGUCUUGUUUUCUUUUUCUCUUUUGGAAUUUUGGUCGGUGCAAAGAUGUAUAAGAACCAGCUGCAGGAGCUGGCGCAGCGGAGCUGCUUCAAUCUGCCGUCGUACACGUGCAUCAGAGAAGGUCCCGAUCACGCGCCGCGGUUCAAGGCCGCCGUUAAUUUUAACGGCGAGACGUUUGAGAGCCCCAGCUACUGCUCCACGCUCCGUCAGGCGGAACACUCUGCUGCCGAAGUGGCGCUCAAUGCUCUCGCUAGCCGUGGACCCUCUAACUCCCUCGCCGCCAGAAUUCUGGAUGAGACAGGCGUAUAUAAGAAUCUCUUGCAGGAGGUAUCACAAAGAGUGGGAGCAUCUCUGCCUGCAUAUACAACUUUCAGGACUGGUCUGGGACACCAACCUGUUUUUACCUGUACUGUAGAGUUGGCAGGUGUGAUAUUUACUGGUGAGCCAGCUAAGAACAAGAAACAAGCAGAAAAGAAUGCGGCCAUGUCAGCUUGGCUAUCGCUUAAAUCAUUAGUGCAGCAGUCUGAGACUUCAUUUGAAAAGACCCAUAAGGAUGAGCAGGAGCAUGUGACAGUAGCUCGUGCUCUGCAGAAGUAUCUAAUGAAAGCAAGAUUGGCAAGAUUACCAUUUCCAAUCAAAUUUCCUACACUAAAUCCAAGACCAUCAAGCACACAGCAAUCUCCAGCUGCAACAUCUAAAAUCCUUCCCUUGAUAUGUCCGAAAACAGCUCAUCGCCACAGGCCUAUUAUGGCAGUGAGCAACAGCUCUGCAUUCCAAAAGAUUGUAAAAACAAGUCAAAGCCCGCCAGUAAUUACUGUUACAAAUGAGAGUAACUCAUCAUUGAUGGACAGCCUUAAGCUCCAACCCCAGAAGUUCCCUGCAGCUGGAGCUGCACCCUACAUUCCGGUACGGCAUUGUAACCCACAUAAUAGAAUUGCCCCACCAGUGACAAUACGAAAUACAAUUCCCGUUUUCUCUGCACCACCACUUCCUUCUCCCCAGCCCUCACUAGUGAUGAGGCCUCCAGUAUUGGGUAUGGCACCACCUGUGAGUGUGAGACAAGCUAUUCCUGUAUUUGCUGCUCCCGUUCGGAUGGAGGAGCUCCCCAUAGUACACCCAGCCAUUAAAGUAGAGGAUCCACGACUCUCCAUAUCCACAACAGCUCGAGCAGACGAGCCACCAGUUUCUAGAGCUGCGCUGGGUAGACUAGAGGACUCACCCAUUCCCAAGGUUCCUUCUGUUCGAGUUGAGGAGCCUCUCAGUUUUAAGCUAUUGCCUGUCUCCAUCACACCGAACUCGGACAUUCCAACAGUUCAAGUUGACCCACCCUCGUCUGAUGCCCUCACAGCUCGAGUUGAAUCUCCAGUUUGUAAGGUUACUAGUCCACCAGCCAGUUCGAAAGCAUCUGGUGAAGAGACUAAGAUAGCAGUGCAGGACAAGCUGCAGGGGCCAACGGAGAUUGAAGACUUCUUGAAAGAUCUGAAGAUAUGAUGGGGACAUUUUGAACUGAAUGAACUACAUCAGCUUCUUUCUCUAUGAUGAAUUAUGUAGGUUUCCGCUUUCCCUUUUCCUUUCAUUUUUUGGGUAAUUUUCUCUGUUCCUUGUUUUGGGAGAAUUUUCAACUGUCUUAAAAGAGUUAGACAUCUCAAUAGUUUCUGAGCAGUUCGGUUCCUCAGACCCCGUAAAAACUGCUUGCCCUGUGCUUUUGACAUGGCAUUUAAGAACCGAGCUGCUGCCACUUCACUUGCGAUGUAUGAUAUAGGCGUAUAUUUCAAUAUUCGAGUGUUGUGGUAUGUCAUUGCGCAUCAAGACUCUCCUCUCCUCCGUGGAAUGCGGAAGUGGGCUUUUCA